AUGACUGCGAACUUAGGUGAUCGAGAUAACAAAAUGGCAGCCGAGGAGGUAGGAGACAUCGUAUCGCUUCUCUCCACCGACGAGAGGAACUUCCUUAUCCGGAAUAAUGGCGAUAAGGUGGCUAUUGGUAGUCUUGAAGGGAAAAUGAUUGCUCUUUACUUCUCAAGCUCAUGGACUCCACGGUGCAAACGCUUCACUCUGAGGCUGAUUGAAGUGUAUAAUGAGCUCACCUCCCGGGAUAAUAUCUUUGAAAUUAUUUUUCUACCAUAUGAUUGUUGUGAAUCUUGUAAUAGUUGUGAAAAGUCCUUUAUUGAGUACUUCUCCAAAAUCCCAUGGUUUACAGUCCCAUUUUCUGAUGAUAAGAUAAAGAAAAAACUUCAUGAGCUUUUCCAGGUCAGCAGACGUCCCACCCUUGUCAUCCUUGAUACCGAUGGGAAGGUUCUUAAUAGAGAAGGUGUUCAAGCUAUAAGAGGAUAUGGUACAGAGGCCUAUCCAUUUACUGUCGAAAAGAUCAGUAAAUUGAGAGAGGAAGUGGAGAAUGCUAAGAAGGAUCAAACUCUUCGAAGUAUCUUAGUUUCAUCUUCCCGUGACUACUUGAUCACAAAUGAUAGAUCUAAGGUUUGUGUUUCAAGUCUCGAAGGAAAAAUAGUGGCUUUGUACUUCUCAUGCAAUAGGGAUUGUUGCAGUGAGUUCUCUCCAAUACUUGCACAAAUCUAUAAGAAGCUCAAGGAAAUUGGAGAGGGCUUUGAGGUUGUGCUAGUGUCCUUGGAAGACGACGAAUCCUAUUACGAUGAAGCCAUAGAAAACAUGCCCUGGCUUGCAUUUCCUUUCAAUGACAAAAGCUGCGAUAAGCUUUUUGGCUAUUUUGGUCUCCAGGAAUAUAAGUGCUCUACUGUCAUCUUGAUUGGAUCUGAUGGGAAAACUAUGAAUAAGUUGUACGAGUUGUCAGAAAAAGUAAAGGCCAGACUUGAGUCACAGACACUCGAGUCACUUCUUGUUUCGGAUGAUCUUGAUUAUGUCAUUGGAAAAAAUGGAUUGAAGGUUCCAGUAAAAGAGCUUGUUGGAAAGACCAUCCUCCUGCAAUUCUCAGCUCGUUGGGGGCGUGCUUUCCUCACUAAAGUGAUCAAAGAGUAUCACAAGAUCAAGAAUGUCGAUGCUGAUUUUGAGGUUAUCUACGUUCCCAGCGAAGAUGAUGAGAGUUUAUUUGAUGAAUGCUUCUCACUCAUACCAUGGUUGGCACUACCUUUAUAUGAUGAGAGGGUUGAAUUUUUGAACCGUAGAUUCAAAAUCCACGGCAUACCUUCCCUGGUUGCAAUAGGUCCUACAGGUGGAACAAUUAACAAAGAUGUCGAGAAAUUGUUGAUGACACAUGGAGCUGAUGCUUACCCAUUCACCGAGGAGAAACUCAAAGAGUUGGAGCAUCAAAAUAAGGACAUGCCAGAGAGGUGGCCUAAGAAGAUAGCGUAUCACAUCCAUAAGCAUGAGCUUCUCCUUAUCCGUUGUUGCUCGGAUUAUCGCUGUGGUGUUUGUGAGGAGAGCGGAGAUAGUUGGUCCUACUGUUGCAUAAAAUGUGAUUUCGACCUGCACCCAAAAUGUGCACUAUGGUGA